AUGAUUAAAAAGUUACAUUUUUUAUUUUUAUUUCUACUAUUUUCUCUAGUUAAAUCUCAAUGCCAGAACCCACAACAAACUCAAUUGUUUUUUUUAAGUAAUGUUUUUUACAAUAGUAUUAUACCUCUAUCUGGUAUAAUCACAGGUCUAGCAUGUUAUACAGAAAAUGCAAAGGUACAAACAUAUACAUUCCCAAACGGAGCAUUAAAUACUAUUCCAUCAGCUUUAUUUAACAAACCCUUUAAAGGUCAAGUUGUAUAUCAAGAUUUUAAAAGAAAUGGAAUAGAAUCAAAUUUUACAUCAACUGAAAUUACACAAAAUAAUGGAAUUACAACAGUUAAAAUUAUUGGUGCAUAUAAAUAA